AACAAGUUGGCAGCACUGCUUGCUUGCAGAACAUAUCGCCAGAAAAUAAAUAAACAAAACGCAAUUAAGCAAUAAAAAUAUGAGUUCUCCAACGAGUAAAAACGCCAAUGACACAAAUAAUACCAACAACAAGCCAAAGAAGUCGGCUAAAACGAAUUCCAAUGCCAAGGGCGGCACCAUGGACACACGUGGAGAAUUGGCGGACCUCAUCAAGAAGAAGGCUGAGACUUCGGAGCAAUUGGCCAACUUGGAGCGACAGAUUUACGCCUUCGAGGGCUCCUACUUGGAGGACACACAGCUGUGCGGCAAUAUAAUCAGAGGCUGGGAACGUUAUCUCACCUCAAACAAAGCGACCAACUCAAAGGCGGACAAACGAAAUCGCAAGUUCAAAGAUGCCGAGCGCCUGUUCUCUAAGUCCAGCAUUACCUCCAUGGCCAUAUGCAAUCCUGAACGCGCCAGUGAAUCGGAUUCCAUAACGAACGAAGACUCCAGCGACAAUCAGAUCUCAAUGAAUCAGAACACGACAACCGCACACGACGGUGCAACAACGAUUAAGACACAGGAUGAUAAGGAUUCGCCGUCACAUCGAAAUGAUACGGGCAGUAUUCCCGGCGGAAGCAACAGCAGCAACCAUAACAAUAAAGAUCUUCUGGGAACACCUACGUCCAAUACAAAAAGUAAACUCACAUCCAGCUCCAGUGCGACGGCCAAGAAAAGUGGACACAUCAACAAGAAAAUUCGACAUCGAUAAUAAUUCAUUAAAUUUAUUUCGAUUUUCAUCAACACGUUUAUUACAAAUAAAAAAUAAAUUCAUAAAAAUA